AUGGAAACUAUUGAAAAAAAUAAAAACUUCGAUUAUGAAACAGAUGCUUUUUAUAAAAAUGAUAACAGAAAUGAAGCUGAAAUAGAAGUUUAUCAAAUUAAUGAGGAGAAAAAGGAAGUUGAUCUAAAUAAUUUUCAAAAUGAAGAAAAUCGAAAUGAUAAUGAAAUAAAUAAUUAUAAUAUAAGUAUAAACAAAAAUGAAAUGAAUUUAAACGGUUUUCAUAGCAAUGAAAUAAAAACACAUCUUGAAACUGAAAAAGAAGAAAAAAAAAAUUUUUUGAAUGAAAAUAAAAGUAAUUAUGAAACAGAAGAAGAAAAUUUAAAUGACGAUGCAAACUUAACUGAUGAAGGAGAAGAAGUAGAAGAAGAAAAUAUUGUUGAGAAAGAUUUAAUACUUCAAAGAUAUAAGCAUGGGAUUAAUAUACAUAUAAAUUAUGAUGAUAUAAAAAAAAGUAAAGUUAUUGAUUUUUAUUCUGAAUGUUUAAAUAAAUAUAAAAAUGAAAGUAGUUUUAUAUAUUAUCAGAAUUAUAAUAGCAAUAAUAAAGUAAAAGCGGAUGAUAAUAUAGAUCUAGAUCCCAUAAAUAAUGUAAACUUAAUAAAUGAAAAUACAGAAAACUUAAAUAAUUUAUCCAAUUCAAAUGAUAAAUGUUUAAUUAUGAAAAGUAAAAAUGUUCCUAAAAAUGCAAAUGUCACUACUAUUAAUGAAGAAUUCAAAAACUUUAAUCUUCAAAAAAAAAAACAAGAAUCAUUAGAUCCUUUAUUAAAAUGUAUAAAUUCUUUAUCAGAUAGAAUUAACUUACAACAUUUAGUAGGAGAUCCAACUACUUAUUUUAAAAUUGGGGGAGGUGAUAUGUUUUAUGAUAUAAAUGAUCCAUUUUUAGAUGAUGAAGAAAUGUAUAAAGAAUUAAACAAAACUAAAAAUGAAAUUAUUUUAACUAGACAAAUAGAAGAUGAAUAUAGUAUAUGGAGUGCUGACAUAUCUGAUGAUUAUAUGGAAAUAAACCCAGAUUUUUUUUUUUCAUUUUAUAAUUCAAGAUGUAAAUAUAAUUUCUCAAGUGAUGAAGAAAAUGAAAAAAAAAAAAAUUUUAAAAAUAAUAAUAAAAAUAUAGAAGAACAUGAAAAGGAAAAAUACAAGAAAGAUUUAAAAAAGAAAGAGAAAAAAAAUGAAAAUGAAAGUAUAAAUAUUAUUGAAAAUAUACACAUUAAUGAUAAGAAUUCAGUUACUUCUUUAUUAUCUUUGUCCAUUUCUUCUAAUGAAAGCAUAAUUGAGUUAAAUCAACUGAAUGUUGAUUUUAAUUAUGAACAAAAUUCUAAUGGCAUUAUUAUUUAUUCAAGCGAUGGGGAUAUAGAUCUUUCUUCUGAUGAUAAUGAAAAUAAAAGUAAAACUGAAGAAUCUGAAACGUCUGAAGAAGAUAUUAUAUUUAACCCUUUUGCUUGGAAGAAAUUUCAAAAACAUAUUCCCCCUGAAUUUAUUGGUUCUUUUGAAAAAUUAGAAAAAGAAUUAGAUGCAUUGCCUCUUGAAGUAAAUACUUCAGAUAUACAAAACAUAAUAAAAAGAAGUGUUUGCAGUAUAUUUUCUCAAGUUGUAGAAAAAUAUACGAAUACAUUAAACCAUUUUGAUAAAGAAUUAAAUGACUUAAUUGAAAUAGAUGUAAAACUUCUAAGAUGGCUUACUACUAUUAUGACUAAAAUGUCUAAUUCUCUAAAUGAUAUAGAUAUAUAUAGAAUAUGGUUUGAGAAUAUUUUUUUUUAUAAUACUAAGGUAUUUAUAACUUAUGAAAAAGAAUUUAUUAAAAAACUAAAAAAUUCUCAAAUUUUUGAAAAAAAUAAUGUAGCUCAUUUAAAUAAUAUUUUAAAGGAUAUUUUGCUAUGGAAAUGUUAUCAAGAAAAUAAAGAAAAAAUAAGUAAAGAAAAUGUAGAUAGUAAUUGUCAUGAAAAUAACAGUAAUAAUAUUAAUAAUAACAAUAAUAAUAGUAGUAGUAAUUAUAAUGAUAAUAGAAAUGACAGUAAUAACAAUAAUGAUAAUAACAAUGAGUGUAAUAAUAAUUCGGAAAAUAGUAGUCUAGAACAAAAUCGUAGUAAUAAUGAAAACAGCAAUAUAAAUAAAAGUACGUUAAUUAUUGAAAAUUUUAAUAAAAAUAGUGAUAACAAUGAUAACGGUAAUAAUAUGAGUAUAAAAAAUAAUUGUAAUCUUUCUACACAAAUUAAUGACAAUUGUAGUAAUGAAUUAAAUAAAAAGGAUAAAAAGGAAGAUAAUUAUUUUAAUAUCAAAAAAACAGUUACAUGUAAUAAUGGAAAUGUAGACGUUUAUAUCAACAAGAAUAAUAAGGAUAAUUUUAAUGAGAUAGAUUUAAAAAACACUUGUAACAAUAAUUUUAUUGAUAAUAAUUUAAAAAAGGAAAGUCUAGAUGAAAAUGAAAAAAAUAAACUUUUGAAUGUAAAAAGUGAAUCAGAUAAUAAUGAUAGUAAUUCAUUACACUUUUCAAACCGCAGUACAAUUGCACAAAUAUAUGAGGAUAAAGUGAAUUCUGAAAAUUAUAUGUUUUUAAAUAAUAAUUUCUUAAAAACUCAAUAUAAUAAAAAAAAUGUAGAAGAAGAUGCUUAUUUUGAUCUUAAUAAUAAGAAAAAUAGAAAUAUAGUAGAUCAUAAUUUAAAUGAAGAAAAAUUAAAAUGUAUAGAUAAAUGUAUUAAGGAAAAUAAAAUAAAUGAUAUAGAUAAAAGCAAGUACACUAAUAAAAACAAUGAAAAUAAGGAAUAUGAUGAGGAAUCAAACAUAGUAUAUAAAAUGAAUAUGGAUAACCAUAUAAUAGAAGAUAAUAAAUCGCUAGAAAAGUAUUUUAAAAGUUUUUCAGAUAUCUCAUACGAUAUGCUAAAUUAUGUAAAAAUAUUUAUUAAACAAAAAUGCUUAUUAAAAGAUAUGAUUUCAGCAGGUUUCGAAGCACUUGUAGAUAGGCAAAAUAAGCAUUUUAUGAAAACUCCGUAUAUGACACUAUCAGAAAUAUUAACUAACUUAUUUAAUUUUAGAUAUAAAACAAAUAUAACAAUUAAUGCAGAUUAUAUUGAAGGGUUAUUAAAUUUUUAUCAAGAUAAAUAUAAAAUAGAUGUAUCAUAUGAUAAAGGAAAAAAUAAAAAAGUAUUUUUGUUUGAUACUAAUGAAAUGAAUAAAGUCAACAAUGUAUAUUAUAAAAAUAUAAAUAAAAAAUUAUUCAAAGAAAAAUCUUUAUCUAAUGAUAAUAAUAAUUGCAGAGAAGAAAAUAAAAUAAAGGGAAGUAGAAAUGAAGAAGAAAAAAAUUCUAUUAAAAAAAAAAAUAAUAAUAGUAUUAAUAAUAACAAUGACGUUCAACUUAAAAAAGAUAAUAGUGCAACUAAUAAAAAACAUACAUUAAUUAAAAACGAAAGUAAAUCAUUAAAUAAAAAGAAACUAACUGAGUCUAUUAAAAAUUGCAAUAUUAAAGAAAUUAAUUCUUCUUCAAUAAAAAAGAAAAAUAAUAAAAGUUUAUCUAACGAAGUAACAAAAAGAAAUUCUGAUAAAAAAAAAAAUAAUAAAACGGAAAAGAAAUUAACUGAUCAUAUAGUUAUUUGUUUAGAAAAUGAAGACAAGAUAAAUUCACCAGACAAAAUAAAACAAAAUAAAAAUAAUAAGAAAAAUAAAAUUGAAAGUAAUAAUGUGAAAACGGAUACAGAAAAUAUAAAAAAAAAGAAAAGUAAUAAUAAUAUUAAUAAUAGUACUUACAAUCAAAAGAAUAAGAAAAAUGAAAAUAACAUUUUAAUUAUAAUGGAUGAACAUAAAAAUUUAAAUUCUAAUAAUAUCUUAAAUGAAAAAAUGAAUAUAUAUAAAAAAAGAAAACUCAAAAACGACUUUCAAAUGAGUAAGAAAAACACAAGCACAAGUCUAUUAAAAAAUAAUAAACUUAAUGAAAAAAUAAAAGGAAAAACAACCGAUUCCAAUGAAAAGCAAGGAAUGAAUAAUUAUAUAAAUAUAGAAACAUCUGAUGAUAAUAAUCAUUAA